AUGCGUAAAUCAGCGGCUCGCGAGCGCACCUACGACGUCUCAUCCAUCACCUCCCUUACCGUCGAGAAGCAUAGUCCUCUGACGUACGAAACAUGGGACCUCGGAAACCGGCCCACCGAAAUACUCCACCUCCCGCAUAGGGAAGGGAAAAAGAUGCGAGCCGUUGUGCUCAUGAUACCAGGAAACCCUGGUCUCGUUGAGUACUAUGAGGAGUUCCUCCGCCGUCUUCAUCAAGCCUUGAAAGGGGAAAUGACGUUCUUAGGAGCUUCCCACCUUGGGCACUCCGCCGCCGUCCGGACGAUUGGGAAACUAUAUUCCGUGAAAGAGCAGGUGGAACACAAGCUGCAGCUUCUCGAUGAGGUUGAGCGGCGGUACGGGCGCGAUACAAAGGUGGUGCUGAUCGGUCAUUCAUUUGGCGCUUGGGUCAAUAUCGAGAUACUCAAAGCACGCCCCGAUGCGAAUGUCGUGAAGGUAUUCGAACUGUUUCCGGCGAUCAUGAAGAUCAGGGCAAGUCCGCAAGGCCGGAUAUUCAGUUUAUUCGACUGGCCCCUUAUUCGUACAGUCCCGGCUCUCCUGGUCGGAUCGAUCCGCUUCGUGGCUCAACCUUUUCCCAAACUUCUCAAUUCUCUGGUCUCCACAUUCUCUCGAAACCACAAAACCCCUCGCGAGGUUAGCACAACAGUCGAACGGUUUUUGCAUUACUCGACCGUUUCCAAUGCAAUGCAUCUGGCGUCGGAUGAGAUGAGGACAAUAGAUGAACUGGAUGUAGAGACGAUACAGAAGCAUGCGGAGAAGUUUGUGAUGUACUAUGGGGCCGGGGAUCACUGGGUGCCGCAAUCGCAGUAUGAGGAGAUGAAAAACAAGUUUCCAAAUGUCACCGUUCAUUUGUGUGAGGACAAUAUUCCGCACUCGUUUUGCCUCGGCUACUCGGACGUCAUGGCGGAAAAAGUUGCGAAGUGGCUAAGGACGGCGUUGGGAGGAUGA